GUCGAUUGUUUACUUCCGGGUUCCAAACAAAACGUUGUUUACAAAGUUUUCUUGUCGAUUUCUAGUGCCUUUGAUGACUGACAGUAAAGUACGAGGUAUAUUAGACUUCAACAUACAUAGACGCAAAAAUGAGGAGAAAUAUGUCUGGUGAAACAAAAGUCAAGUACAAGAAAAUGAACAGAAACAAGGAUGAUUUCUUAGAUAUACAGUUUCAGAAACCUCCUCCUAAGUUUCCAACAAAAGCAAUUGCCCUUGCUACAACAUUAUUUGUGGUUGGAAGUGUUCUUCUAGUGGUAGGAUCUCUGCUCAUGACUGGAUACAUUGAUGCAAAGUAUGGAGACAGAACAUGGCCUGUGUUAAUUCUGGGAUCUAUUAUGUUUAUUCCGGGAUUCUACCAUGUAAGGAUAGCAUACUAUGCAUACAAAGGUUAUGCUGGAUUCUCGUAUGAAGACAUUCCAGAAUUUGAGUGAUAAGGCAUUUAUUGGACUACUUUUCUCAACUUAUUUAUUUAUUUAUGGUAUUAGUGUAUAUUUGCAAAAUGGAUUAUGGCUAAAGUUAGUGUUAUAGGUCCUUGGUUAUAGAACUGAAUUUUGUAAACCAGUCUCGGUAUCCCAGCAUCUCAUUGGCUGUUUUUUAAUCACAAUCUUUGAACUGACCAAUGACAAGCCUGCAGCCUUAGACUGGUUCCAAAAAUCAGUUUAAUAAUUUUUGACCUUGGAAAUAUGAUCUCUUUACCUCAUACAUGUAUUUGGUGGCACUGUCAAUGUACUGUAGUCAUUUUAGAAGUUUACAGAAUGUUGAAAAGGUAGCAAAAUAUUUGGUACUAUUAAACUUGUCUGUCAAUAUAUGUUAGGGAUAUUUGUACGUUUUGGAGACAAAACAUAAUAAUUAUAAUGAUACAGGCAAGCAUGAAUGAUAUGGGAUAUUGUUAACCUGAGAAAAGUACUAACGCUCAAGGUGUUAGUCAAGGGUGUUACCACUUUUUUAAAGCUGACAGUAAAAUAAAAAACAAUGAUCACUCAGUCGCAAGUAGAUGAGCAAAAUGUUUUAGUUAUCCAGAUUCAGAGAUGUCCAGUUAGCAGAGAAAAAAAUACAUAGAGGCCAACUUAGAUUGGAUAUUUAAGUUCAUGUGUCAUUAACAGAUUGCCAUCAGAAGGAACUGUGAUGUGUGAUAAAACACACUUGUGAAAUUUACAAGUUAAGUGUUGUUAAUGGUGUCUCAUGUCUCUUGUCUUGGUUUUCUUUUGAUGAAAGAUAUUUCAAUCUUAAUAUAACUAUGAAACAAACUGAUAUUCUCAAAUUCAGGUGUUCCUUACUUGGUCUAAAUAAAUCAAGGUUGUGAAGAAAAUAUGUUAGUUUUUCUUCCUUUUGAAACAUUGAA